UAAAGUUUACGUAAGGGUUUUUUCCCCCACUUCAUUCUAUUAUAGCAUACCAGACUUCAUUUAGUAAACAAAUAAAUCUCAGUCCUAAGCAACCAUGGUAACAAAACAUCUCUACUGUCAGAAGAAUUAUUAUUGAUUUGGAUGAUCGAUUAACACAAUUUGCUGAUGUGUGAAGUUGCUGAACAUUCGAUCAUUCGAACAAAAUAAUGCUGGACGUGAUCAUCCUUCGAAUUUUUAUGUGUUGUUCUUUUUUCCUUGCUGUCCAUGGAUUUUAUUUUCAUCUGAAAGAAGGCGAGGAAAAAUGCUUCAUACGAGAAUUGCCAAAGAAAACAUUGCUCGUUGCUCAUUACAAAUGCACGCCCUUCAUUGGGAGAAAAACAUUGAACCAUCAUCUGGUCAACCAAACAGCAGGAAUGAUGGUUGAGAUUCGAGAUCCCAAGAAGCAUAUUCUACUCUCCAGAAUGUAUAGUGAAAGAGGUCGCUUCUCUUUCACAUCUCACGAACCAGGAGAACACCUGAUUUGCAUGCAUACAAAACAGCAGUCCAUCCCAGGAAGAAUGCUGAGAGUGGACUUUGGCUUGACGCAAGGUGAGCAUAGAAUUAAUUACACAUUAACGGCAGAGAAAGAAAAAUUAACUGACAUUCACACAAAGUACAAAGAACUACUCGAAAAAUCUGCUGAAGUGGUGAAAGAAAUGGAAUAUCUGAGAUAUAGAGAGGCUAUGUUCCGAGAUUCCAGUGAAACCAUCAGCCGUAGAGUUCUCAUGUGGUCAGUAGGUCAGACUUUUCUUCUAGUCCUAAUUGCAGUUUGGCAGAUGGAACGAUACAAACAGUUUUUCGAAUCGAAGAAACUGGUGUGAAUUUAUGAAGUAUAAAUACAACCGUCACAGCUGCCAACUUUCAUUUAUUAUAUUUGAAGUGAUAACGAACCUCACGCUUAAACCGCUUCCUUUACUAACCAGAUUUAUCUAAACAAUAAAUAGCUGUAAGGAGAAAACUAAGAAUUUUUUUGUUUUUAAGUUUUCUCGUACAGUUGCAAAAAAUUAAAAAGUCAACUUAACUUUUAAUGAGUAGGGAAAUUUCAGUUUUCAUUCAAACAUGAUAUUCGCUGCUUUGACAAUAGGCAGCACCGUCUUUUCAUAAAAUAUAUAUUGUAUCGAGCACAGAGGUUCGUUUCGAUUGCAGAUGAAUGAAACAUUUCCCGCAAACAUUUAUUAACAGAAUCUUCCAGGAAAUACAGCUAUUUUUAGCUCUCAAUUACAGCGUAAUACAGCAAAUCAGACUGCUCAAUGAACUCACUAGAGAACCAGAACACUAUUGCAGUCACAAGCAAACUAAUAGUCCACUCUACAAGGCACACUCUUAUUUAUGUAGGAAAUUCCGGUACUUUCGACAUGAUUCUAAAUAAUUCUCGUAUAUAAUUCAGCGAAUAUUAGUCCUAUCGCUUCGAAACUCGAAUUUUCCUCCAGAACAAUCAUUUUAUCACCAAGCAUCACGAGUCUGCAAAAAUAUCGCCAAAUUGAGUUAUUUACUGUCUAAAUUACGGUAGAAUUACGCAACUAUCUCGCAGAUUUUCUAAUUAAACUGCUUAUUUUGUCUGAAAUUUUAGCCUCAUAGCAAAAGAAUAUUCACAAAAUUAUAUGCAUAUUUACAAAUUUGCAAUAAUAUCAGCACCAUAUAACUUGAUUAGCAAAUAGUUUUAAUAUUUCUAGUGGUUUGUGUUUUUUUACGAAAUAAGUUGUCCCUGAUUGGGCAUAUUACAUCGGAAAGGUUAAAAUUUGUAUAUUAUGUUUUGUUUCUAUUCCUUAUAUUUAAUAAUAAAGAAAAAGAAAUAAAAUGAUGAUUUCUUUCUAGCAUAUUUUUUUUCUUCAAAAAACCUUGGAAGAGAAUUGGUUAGUGUUUUAAUAGGUUUAUUAAAAUGAUUUUGGCCAUCACUCUAAGAAGGUAUUUAAUCAAAACCACUCUUAAUUAAGUAUUUUUAAAAUCUUUCUCGAAAAUGAAAACAAAAAAUUUUACACAUUAGGGGCCGCAGAUUAAUUGUUAGCUGUGGGGGAAAAAAGAGAAAUGCUAUCGAAAUCUGCCUAAUCACUGUACAAAAAGCGACCGUUUAUAACUGAUAUAAUUCUUGGCAGAAGAUAAGAGUGAGUCCAAAAAUUUUGACAGUUUGUGACAAAAGAGAAAGAGGCGGUACGAAGAAAUGUGACUUCUCACACAUUGUCGUUAAAAUUAAAACUUUUGAAAUCAUCAGAUUAAAUAUUUUUAUGUUAUUAGUUUUCAUCAGAGUAAGUACACGAUUAACCAUUAUCGUUAUUAUGCUCGCAAAUAUCAUUAAACACGUAGUUAAGAUAAAAAUUGGAAAUCGUAAUGUGAACGAUAAAAUGUGUUUGGUCUAUGAACUACUAAUAAAUAUUUAUGUAACAUAGCGUGACAGGGGGAUAAGGUGACACUCUGUGACAGAGAGGUCAAAAGUAUUCAUUAAAAAGUGUGACAUCAUUUAUGGACGGCACCGAAGGCGAAUGUGAUAAACCAGAUAGGUUUGAUUGCCCGAAAGACAGAAAGACGUUUAUUAGAAACAUCUUCAAGUUUUAAAUCUCCAAUUCAACCCGUCUCAAUACACGCGUCCCCUGUAUUGUGAGAUUUCAAAGGCGUUUUACUUUUUCUUCCUUAGAUAAAAACUCAUUUGGAACUCCCAAUGUAUAUGCUUCUCUUUAUUUUAAUUUUGAUGAGGACUCUAAAUAUACAUACUAAAGGUGGUCUUUGCGGAACACCAUGUAUAUAUAUAAAAAAAAACUGGAAAAUAUAGAACACCUGUUAAUCAUACGACCACGAUUUUAUAAGACAAAAUGACAAUUUCUGUUUACGGUUAAUGUAAAAUCAAUUGUUACUUCACUACCUCUACAAAUAAUCAAUGAAGCACAAAAGUUUGUAGUUGUGCACUAUGUAUUUAAAUGAAAUAUUUUAACUAUGAAAUGAAUUUAUAUGUAAAUAAAAAU